AUGUUCGGGGUCUGCUCGGCUUCCUUGACAGGCUCGGCUUCCUUGACAGAAAUGGAAGGCCAAAGAGUGAAAGAAGUGAUUCGAGGAGCAGAUCAGGCGCAGAUUUGGAUCUAUGCCAGAGCCAGGGCCUUCUGGGUCUAUUUCUGGUACGGGAACGAGCCGAGAGAAGUCACGGAAACAAGACGCAAUGUGGUUUCGGUGCGUCGUCGAUAUGCUGGCAUUUGGAAUGCAACACCUGAAGAUCGGACAUACAGGAUACGAAUUGGAUACGACUUUCACCGCAGAUCUGCGACAUCGGCUAUUUAG